UCCAGAAGAAAGGCGGAUGCAUCUGCCUGGGCAGAGCCCGCCCUAAGCCAUCAAAUGUGACUCCUCACAUGAUCCCUCGUGACCGUGCUGUCCCGCCCUGGGCUCACAGCUCCCGGAGUGGUGGGAGACACGGCAGCACCAGCCCCCGGUCCCAGCCAGAGCCCAGCAGGGACCUGCACGCCUGUCCUGGUGGAGGAUGAAGGAGGGGGAGAGGAGCCCCCUGCUGUCCCAGGACUCUGGGGGCCGGGAGCCGCUCCUCACUUCCAGCUGCCUGGGUCCAGCAGGAGGGGACUGGAGGACAGGCCUCGGGGGAGGCCGGGCCCCCUCGCUCCCACUGAGAAGGAGCUGCCUCCAAUGCUUGACCUUUUUCUCCAACUUCCUCUUCUCCCUGCUCGGCCUGCUGGCCCUGGCCACUGGGCUCUGGGGCCUGGCUGUCAAGGGCUCUCUGGGGAGCAGCUGGGGGGGCCCCCUGCCCACAGACCCCAUGCUGGGGCUGGUGCUGGGGGGCCUGGCGGUCAGUGUGGUGAGCCUGGCAGGCUGCCUGGGUGCCCUCUGUGAGAACACCUGCCUGCUGCGCUGCUUCUCCGGGGGCCUCCUGGCCUUCCUGGCACUGGAGGCCGUCGGGGGGGUCCUGGUGGCGGCCCUCUGGGGCCCGCUGCGGGACGGACUGGAGCUCGCCCUGCGUGUGGCCAUCACCCACUACCAGGACGACCCUGACCUGCGCUUCCUCAUCGACCAAGUCCAGCUUGGGCUGCGGUGCUGCGGGGCCACCUCCUACCGGGACUGGCAGGAGAACUUGUACUUCAACUGCACCUCCCCGGGGGUCCAGGCCUGCAGCCUGCCUGCCUCCUGCUGCCUUGACCCCCGAGAAGCGGGAGCUUCCAUCAACGACCAGUGCGGCUUUGGCGUCCUGCGCCUGCCGGAGGACAUGGCUGCCAGAGCGGCGCACCUGGGGGGCUGCAGCGUGCCCCUCCAUCGGUGGCUUCGCGCACGGGCCCGGGCACUGGGUGGCUUUGCGGUCGCUGUGGUGUUGGUCCAGGGGGCGGAGCUCCUGAUGGCCGUGCAGCUGAGGCCGUUGCCCCAGGGACCACCCUCUGGCACCGCCCCUUUGCUCACAAACUGAUGCGGUCAGAGCACUGGUUCACACCCAGGGCUCAGCCUGGGAGCCACAGAGGGUGCCCAAGAGGCCACCAGGGAACCCCCGGCUCCAACUUCCGCUGCCAGCGCCCACCUCUGACCCCACCGUUUGACCACACCCUAGCCUCCCAGGCCCAGCCUCAGCGCCUCCCACUUCCCACUCCUGCUCGGACCAGCAGACUCGGAGGCCCUGCCUGGGAGCCCCUCCCACGCCCACCAGGUGUCUGUGUCUGACGCCCACCUCCGAGGCUGGCCUCCGCCCCCCACCCCAGCCCCUCUGACCAUCAUCACCCUGAGGCCCCGCCUCACCAGGCCUGCGCCUGCCCCCUCUUCGGUCCACUGCGGUGGUUGAGGGCGAGGCCCAGGCCUCUCCUCUGGAGGGUGUUUUGGGGAGGGAGUAAAUUUUCUGGAGACGUAUCAUUCGCACAGUAAAUCGCACCAACCUCAAGUGAGCAGUGCGAGGUUCCUCCCCACGUAAAUGCCUGCGGACCCACCACCGGGCCCAGGGGCAGCCCAGCCGGCCCCUGGCCCCUCCCCGGCCCCUCCCUGUGUGGCUUCAUGGCCUUUCGUUGUUAGGGUGGCCUUUUCCGGUCGUCGCAUAAAAGGGGGACCUUUCUGAGAUGCACCGUCUGGUCGCCGCACUGGUCCCCGUGGGCACGCCCCUGGCAGCUCCCAGGUGAUGACUGUGGCACCGCUGGGCACAGGGCUGCAUGGGCUGUACCUGUGUGGUGUCACCUUCCCCUGGGUGCGGUGUCAGCAGGGGAGUUGCUGGGUCACAGGUGCCGACCUGUCCGGCUCUGGGGGACACUGAGGACGGGGCAGCCGGACCACCGGGCGUUACCCCGAGUCUCUGCGCCUGCCCCCUGCCCUGUGAGUGGGGUGGGAGCUCCCUUUUCCGGUGGGAGCUGCU